AGAUCUAAUUGUUUCUCUUCCUCGAAACAUAGAUCUAAUCUUUUGUUUGAAAACCUAGCGGCGGCGAUAUUGAGCAGUAGAAGAAAGCAGAAAAAUGGAGAGUAAAGCUUUCGAUUUUAUGUUGUAUGUAAAUGGUUCACGGCGGCGAAUAACUGCUGGGAAGUUGAGGAAGUUGUGUUAGUAGGAUUUGGAGCUGGGCUUUAUAGAUUCCACUGCAUGUUUGAUUGAUUUGUAUUGCGAUGAUGAUGGCGGAUGAGAGCGCUAAACGUUGGUCUCCUGAGAAGUUGCCGGAGCCCGGCGGCGGAGAAACUGAGGCCUCGGGAAUUCCGAGUGAGAGAGAUUUGGAUUUGGAGAUGGUUUGGAGCUUGCUUUCGGACGAUGGUUCUGAUCCAGCACAGAGAAUGCCACAGGACCCAUCUCUGAAUUUCAUGCAACUUGGUUUUUCUCAUGACUACUUGAAAGCACCAGCAACAUCUAGCAUAGUGGAAUCACAAGUGGAGUUAGAAAUGCCCAUUUAUGAUAAGUUUCCUGUUCAGUACAGUUUCAUACAGAAUCCUGAUGUUUUAUAUGAUGUGAGCAUGUAUUCCCAACCAUUGUUAGAAGACAAUCUAUUUCCUCCUGCUGAGCUUAAUUUUGGGAUUGGGCCUUGCAAUAGCGAGGAUAUGAUUAGUGUGAAAGAUCAAGAAUGGAAGUCUUCAACUUGCUAUGGACGCUUAGGCGGUAUUAUCAACAAUGAAGGUUUGACAUGGAGAACUGAGGAAGGAAAUCAAGAUAAUUAUUUCAGUAGCAGAAGAGAGAUCGAUUUGAAGCCAGCCGACCAGACUUGGAUUGACAAGAAACCAUUUGAUGAGGUUGGUCCAUUCAUCUCAAAUGAACCACUAAAUCCAUUUUCUUCUGUUCAGCUACCUUCCUAUUCAAGCAGAAGUCAGUUAGUUUAUAGAGAAGAUGAAAGCGAAGGCACAAUACAUGAGUCUGCAGAUCCUCACAAUUAUCAUAAUCUGAUUGUUUCCACUACAUCACAAAAGCCCCUUCUGGUUAAUAAUGACUGUGCUUUGAAUGGUCAUGUUGGAGACAAAUGUGACCCUGUGCCAUCGACUUCAAUCAAACAGGGAUCGGAUUCUUUUAAAAUAGAGAACAUACAUGGUUUGCAAAAAACAAACAACUUACCUUCAUCAUCAGCUGGCCACCAAUCAGUUCAAAGCUCAUCUCCUCAAGGAACAUGUGCUGCUACUGAUGAUGGCGAUGUGUGCAUUCUGGAGGAUUUAAGUGCAUCAGCUCAACCGAACCCAAAUGUCUCUAACAAGAGGUCUUCUGUUAACUUACGGCGCCCAAAAUGUAGUGAUGCUUUAACUCGUGCCAAGGCAGGACACAAGAGGUUCAGACCAAAUGAUGAGAAAUAUGUUUUUCAAACUGCAUUACUGCACCUUUCUCAGCCAAGAUCUGAAGAAAAACCUCCAGAUGGUGUUCUUGCUGUUCCUCUUUUGAGACACCAGCGAAUUGCUUUAUCAUGGAUGGUCAAGAAGGAAACAACUAACCCACGCUGUUCUGGUGGGAUUCUAGCAGAUGACCAGGGGCUUGGAAAAACAAUAUCAACUAUUGCUCUCAUACUCAAAGAAAGAUCUCCAUCUCUUAGAGUAUCUGCAGCCAUUACAAAACAGACUGAGGCAGAGACGUUUGAUUUGGAUGAUGAUGAUGAUGAUGAUGCUACUAAUACGUCUAAGGCUACCAAGUCAAUUAAAAAAGCUCGUCUAGUGAACAGCUGCUCUUCCACAGGUUCUAAACCAUCUGUACGUGCAAGGGGCAGGGCAGCUGCUGGCACCCUUAUUGUAUGCCCAACAAGUGUCCUGCGCCAAUGGGCUGAGGAAUUGCGUAACAAGGUUGAUAACAAAGCUAAUCUUUCUGUGCUAGUAUACCAUGGAUGCAAUAGAACAAAGGAUCCCUUUGAACUAGCAGACUAUGAUGUUGUGCUUACAACCUAUUCAAUUGUAAGCAUGGAAGUUCCUAAACAACCUCUUGAUGAUGAGGAUGAUGAUGACGCCCAAAAGCACAACACAGAUUCAGUAAAUGGCCUUUCAUCUUGUAAAAAGAGGAGAAGUCCUCAGAGCUCUGAAAAGAAAUCACCAAAGCGCAAGAAGGGGACAGAUGGUGAAUUGCUUGAUAAUCUAGAUCGCCCUCUUGGCCGGGUUGCUUGGUUUAGAGUUGUAUUAGAUGAGGCUCAAAGCAUCAAGAAUUACAAAACUCAGGUAGCAAGAGCUUGUUGGGGUCUCCGUGCUAAACGUCGGUGGUGCUUGUCGGGUACACCCAUCCAGAAUGCAGUUGAUGACUUAUAUAGCUACUUCAGAUUUCUUAGAUUUGAGCCGUAUUAUUCAUAUAAAAAUUUUUGCUCUUCACUUAAAGUCCCUAUUCAAAAAAGUCCAACACGCGGGUACAGAAAACUUCAAGCAGUGCUUAGGACUGUAAUGCUACGUCGAACUAAAGGAACAUAUAUUGAUGGAGAACCGAUUAUCAACCUUCCCCCUAAGAAAAUAGAGUUGAAGAAGGUUGAAUUUACACAAUGGGAGCGGGAAUUUUAUUGCAGACUUGAAGCUGAGUCACGAGCGCAGUUUGCGAAAUAUGCAGCUGCUGGAACUGUCAAACAGAAUUAUAUUAACAUAUUACUGAUGCUCUUGCGUCUUCGUCAAGCUUGUGAUCACCCACAUCUUGUUGAGAGAUCCAAUUCAAGUUCAGUUUUGAGAACCUCAAUUGAAAUGGCAAAGAAGUUAUCCACCGAGAAACGAUCUUCACUUUUGAAAUGCUUAGAGGCUUCUUUAGCAAUUUGUAGCAUAUGCAGUGAUCCACCUGAAGAUGCCAUCGUGACAGUCUGUGGGCAUGUCUUUUGCAACCAGUGCAUUUGUGAACAUUUAGCUGGUGACACCACUCAUUGUCCUACAACAGACUGCAAAACCGAACUGAGUGCUUCUUUACUAUUCUCCAAAACAAUGUUAACUGAUCCUGCACCUGAUGAACAAAGUCAGUUGAAUGAUACUGAUCACACCAAUUCAGAGUCAGUUGAUAAACCACAGCUGCAUACGUUUGGAUGCUCGUACGAUUCUUCAAAAAUCAAGGCUGCUCUUGAGGUUCUACAAUCAUUGUCUAAAUCACGGGAUGAUAACUCUCCAAAAUGUGAAGAUGAGCGUAGUAGCUGUAAUCAGACAACAAAGAUAGCUGGAGAGAAAGCGCUCGUGUUUUCACAGUGGACAGGAAUGUUGGAUUUGCUUGAGGAUUGCCUGAGAAGGUCGACUAUCCAGUACAGGAGACUGGAUGGAACUAUGUCUGUUGUUGCUAGAGACAAAGCUGUAAAAGAUUUCAACACAAUUCCUGAGGUCUCUGUGAUGAUUAUGUCUCUGAAGGCAGCUAGUCUUGGGCUGAAUAUGGUUGUGGCCUGCCAUGUGAUCCUAUUGGACCUGUGGUGGAACCCAACAACUGAAGAUCAAGCCAUUGACAGAGCACAUAGGAUUGGCCAGUGCAGUCCUGUCACAGUUUUGCGUUUGACUGUAAAGGAUACUGUUGAAGACCGUAUUCUGGCUCUUCAGGAAAAGAAGAGGGAAAUGGUGGCUUCUGCAUUUGGAGAGGAUAAAAAUGGCAGUCGACAGACUCGUCUAACCGUGGAGGACCUGGAAUAUUUAUUCCACCGCUAACAUUGAGACUCUUAACACUGGUACUUCUCACCAUUUCUCACUGGCGUGCAUCAUACGUAUGAUAAUAUCAGACUCUAGGAUACACAUGGAAAGAACGAUUGAGAUCUUCUGACUGGUCCGUCCUCGAGGAUUAACACAAUCCAUUUUUCUAAUUAUUGUUCAAUCAUCACCCCACCACCCUCUUGUAUAGGCGGGGUUUAUUCUUCUAGUGUUCUUUAGACCGGACGGGGAUGGGCAUUUUGCUGGCAAAAGUUCAAGUUGUAGAUUUAAGUAUGGAAAAGUAGUAUUAAUACAAGUAAUUGUAUAUGGUUAGUCUCUCUUAGAAAUGAGUGCUAAUUCGGACGGUGGGGGGCAUUUUGUAACUAUUUUUGGGAGGCCACAAUUUUUUGGCAAUUUAUAACCCUCUCAAUGUAUUGG